AUGGUGCAAGGAAAAGUGAAGCAGAAGACGUUGCUGCCGAAAGGAGUGAAGCAGAAGGUCAAAAAAGUAAAGAAGGAGGGACCGAAGAAGGGAAAAUUCCUGCAUAUCGCACCCAAGAAACAGCACGUCAUCGAGGCGGUUAGUCGCCUUUUCUUAAGAAAAAUUUGAGCCUGUAUUUGUGAAUUUCAGGAAAAAAUCUCAGCCCAUGUGACGAAAAUCAUCAACGACAAAAACGAGGAGAUGGUGAAGGGACGCGCCGAUACGGCCGUCGGAAAGAACAAAAAACAUUGAACGAAAAUUCUUAACGACGCAAAUAAACUGAUGUCCUUGUUAGUUUCAUGAAAAUUAUUACAACAGUCCUCAAAAUCCGUAAAAUGCUAUGGCUAAUUGAACCGGAACCGUUCUAGUAGGAAAAUUCGCAUGAAUCGAUAACUUGCCAAAAAAGGGAUCCGCCCGAGACACUCCGGAUGGCCCUGGACGGUCCGACAGAACGUCUCCAAAGAUUUUAGCGCUUGCUGAUAGAGAUUCGCAGAAUUUGCAGAGUCAGAUGGCAUUUGAUCCAAGUUUCUCAUGAGUUCUUCAACUUUUCGGAUGGUCCAUCUCAUCUCUACAUCAAAUCUAAAGAUACAGUUAACUCCUUACAGCUACUACAGUGGCCUUAGAAAAAAUUGUACAAAAAAGUUGCCAACUACAAAAAGAUGGUUCAUGUUUGAGUUGAGUUCACGUCCCUCGUGACCUUCGGAAGCACCUCCACUAGUUGUGACCUUCCACGUGUACUUCCACGUGGCCUCGGGAUGCUCGACAUCCAAGUGCAUUCUCUCGAAACUAUCGGCCAUUUCUGAUUACGACCGGAGAGGAUCGCAGCAAAAGCGCACAACUCGCGGUAAAACCCCGCCUCUUUUUCAACGCAACAACCACAAUUUCAGAUGGGGAAGAGCCAAAGCAAGAACGAGAAGAACAAGGUGGCCGUCGAACGUGGAAAGCCGCGUGAGGAGCAAGUGUUGUCGAAUCCGGCUGGACACGCGAACGCCCGCGCCUACCUGUCCCAAAUGCCGCAAGACUUCACGAAUUCGAUGCGUUCGAUCGGCACGAUGAAGGAAGCGCCGAAUCCGGCGAAAGUGAGCGUCGAGAAAGUGAGCAUCUUUGACCAAAAUGCCAGAAAAUUAGAGAAUUUUUGACCAAGAUUCCAGAAAAUUCGAGAAUUUUUGACCAAAAUGCCAGAAAAUUAGAGAAUUUUUGACCAAAAUGCCAGAAAAUUAGAGAAUUUUCGACCAAAAUGCCAGAAAUUAGAGAAUUUUUGACCAAAAUGCCAGAAAAUUAGAGAAUUUUUGACCUUUUGACCAAAAUGCCAGAAAUUAAUGAAUUUUUGACCAAAAUGCCUGAAAAUUAGAGAAUUUUUCACCAAAAUGCCAGAAAAUUGGAGAAUUUUUGACCAAAAUGCCAGAAAUUAGAGAAUUUUUGACCAAAAUGCCAGAAAAUUAGAGAAUUUUUGACUAAAAUGCCAGAAAAUUAGAGCAUUUUUGACGAAAAUGCCAGAAAAUUAGAGAAUUUUUGACCAAAAUGCCAGAAAAUUAGAGAAUUUUUGACCAAAAUGCCAGAAAAUUAGAGAAUUUUUGACAAAAAUGCCAGAAAUUAGAGAAUUUUUGUGUUUUCGUGCCAAAUCAUCAUUUUUCCAUCGCUUUUGAUCGAAUUUAAUCACAAAAAUCAGGAGAAAAGUGUUGAAAUCAUGCCACGGCCGUAAGCUCUGGAGACGUUAUACUUGAACAAAAAAUAAAAUUGUCUUUUUUUCAGUUUCCAACUACGUACGUCGGUCGAGUGCCGCCUCCGUCAGGCGUCGAACACUUCUGGCGACACGUGCAGGAGGAUUGUGUGAAGAUUUUGCUCAUCGAAGCCUCGACCGCUUCCGAAGUGGCACACAUUUUUCAACCGAAUCAGGGUGGAUCUCUUGGAUUCAACAACUUCUCCAUCGGUACAAUCACGGCGAAAUAUGAUAUAAUGGCCGGUGAAUAUAACCAAGAGCUUGGGAAGUACCGAAUCGACCGUUUCCGAGUUGAAAUACAGCCAACCGACGGAAACCGUGCCACCGUUUUCCAAACUGCGACAAUAGACAUUUUCGUAUUGAUGUUCCGUCCUUCGGAUCCAGGAGUACUGUGGUUGAUCGUGAAGACCCACAUUUCUUCCCUUCAAACCUUCGAUCCAUCUUCUGGAGCUAUCGCGAUCCUCGGUAACAACAAUACUGACAACUGGGUUUGGCUUGUCAGUCUGAUCGGCCUAAACCGUCUAUACCUCAAGACGGUGCCAAUUGUGAGCCAACAAUAUACGAAUGUCAACAAUUUAAAAUCAACCAUUUUCAGAUGACGGAUAUUCUGAAGUCGGUCAGCAAUGAGCAAAAUGUACUGUUUGAGCGGAAGGAGGAUAUUUUCACCGUAUUUAUGGUAUGGAACAUGUGGAUCGUCGCUGAUUUGAAGAUGUUCGAAAGGGUGUACAAACAUGACGAGAGGAAACAGAUUGCCAAAAUGAUUGACGAUUUUAAGCGAAAUGUCUAAAAGGUCUUUUUCUCUUCUCUCCCUUCCUGCCCGUCUAAUCUUGAUUUUAAAAUGAAUAAAGUUCAAAUAUGACGAAACGUCUCGUUGUUUUGGAGCACAACACACUCAAACGGCAAGCGAGGUUUUAUCAUUAUAUAAACUUUUUUUCGAAACGUUUCAAAUUGGUGGCGAGAAUGCCAAUUGUGUUUGCGAACUUCCAGUUGUUCGGUUUUCUGAACAAAUCUUACUUCGAAUUUGAACUUCGACUUCGAGCUCACCGUGUCUGAUGUGGGAAACACCAAAAAAGAGGUGGGCUCCUUGGGAAAGUGAUAAGGGAAACCGAAACCCAAACCUUGUUCGACUCGAUCGAAAAGGCGAAUCCGCGCCUGUACAAACUGCUCCAACAGGUGCCGUCGCAGUCGCGUUCCCUCCGAAACUCGCACCACGAAACACGUUCGCUGACGGAUUUGGAGGACGAGUUGGACGUUUUCGCGUCGGCGGAGCAGCUCCGCGAGCAGCUGACCGCCUUUUUCCAGCAGGCGAGAGUCUACGUGGAGACGCACAAUUCGAGAAAGCUCGACGAGCUCGACUCGCUCAUUUCGGAGCUCAAUUUCAUGUGAAAUUCCGAAUUGGUCGAUAUAAAUUUUGCUUGAAUCGGAUUUCCUUCUAAUCUUUUUUCUUGUGCGGAAUUCGCAAUUUUAAGCUAUUUUCCAGCUUGUUCGGCUCAAAACAAGCCCGAAAUGCAAGCGCGCUCCAUUGAGAAUCAGCGGUGAGAGAGCACGCGAAACGAGGAGGGCGCCAGACGCCGAGAGUGCGCGCACACACUCGAAUCCGGUUUUUUGUCGGGUUUCGCCGUCGGAAAUCUUUUUCGCUCGCCGCCCUUUUUCGUCGACACAAAUUCGAAAAAAUUGCGACGAAUUUAUUGGGCUGUAAUCUUGAUGUGAAGAUUUUUUCAUGGGCUUUUUCGGCCCAGGCUUUUUGAGGACUGGACUUUUGACCCACUUGCUAUGUUCCGAUUGGGACCAAACUUUGCAGGCUUCUUGGACUUGGAUUGAAGUAUAUUGGAUCCAAGUUUCAGACCCAUCGGAUCAUCCGGUCCCGAGAUAUACUGGUUUGAUAAAGACGGAGUUUUUGCGAAAACUGCGGGCGUUUCGGUCUCCGAUCCACACAUCUCGGCGUCAGAUGAUCGGACUGGUCUUAAACUUGGUCCCAAUAUACCUUCAUCCAAGUCCAACAAUCCUACAACGUUUGGUCCCCAUCGGAUCAUUGCAAGUGAGUAAAAGGUCCAAGCCUCAAAAAGCCUCGGCCGGUCUUUUGCCCAGAAUUAAUUCAUGCUCUGAAUUCGAGAAAUGUAUCUGUUUUUUUUUGAUUCUAUGACUGAAAACUAACAAGAACACUCAUCGUUUUUUUUACAGAAACAAUAAUGGAAACAGAUGUGGAACCGUGGGAUCGAUUCCGUGAUUGGCUCCACUGCAUUUGCGUCGUCACUUUCGAUUUGGAGCUCGGACAGGCGUUGGAGGUAACUUUUUAUUGAGUUACUUUUUUAAAAAUAGUGCCUUAAAAACCGUUGAAAAAGUGUGUUAACCGUAAUUAGAAAAUUGUAAAACAGAAGAAAAAGAACAUAAUUUUUUGAAUUUCCAGGUCAUCUAUCCGGGCGAUGCGAUAUUGUCGAACACGGAAAAAAUAAACAUUUGCUAUUUGGCAUUUCCGGAUUCGAAUUCCAGCAACGCCAGAGACAGCAAUUUUCAUUUCCGGAUACGCAGGUUUAAAUUUAAAGCCAAGAAAUUACAAGAGUGCGGCGGGGCGCGCUUUUUUUUUGGAAAAAUUGUGAAAAAAAAUAGGUUUGCAGAGCGAUCAGCGAAGUGCGUCCGUGCCAAAAGUCGUUUGUCGACAAAUCGCCGUCUUCGCUGCCGUUCGACGCGCAUUUCAUGUACGGAUUCGUGCAUUUUCGACAGUGCAAGGAUGCCACAAUUCACAGAGGAUACUACCAGAAAGUACGCCUUUUUUUGCGGUUUUUUUGCACUAAAAAAUGGUAAUUUUUGCAGAGCAUCGUGCUCAUGUCUGUUCUUCCCCUAUUCUCGCUAUUUUACUCGGUCACCGCCCGAAUUGCAGAGCAUUUUUUCGAAAAUGGAGAAGCCGCAAUUGAAGCCGGUAUGACUACACGAUUUUAAAAAAGUGCAAUGCCAAUCCAAUCGGGCCCGAACUUUGCAGGCUUCUUGGACUUGGAUUGAACUAUUCUGGGACCAAGUUUCAGACCGACUUGUUUGAGGUCGAAAAGGUCUUUGGGCCCGAUCGGAUCCUUGCAACUGGAUCAAAAGUCCAGGCCUCAAAAAUCCUUCGAAAAGUCUGCCCAGUCCUGAAAAUAACCCCCGCAAUUUGCAGCCUGUCACCAUAUUGACACGUGGCUGCAGCCGCAAGUGGGUCGUUCCAUAGAAUUGCCGCUUUUCGGCACUCUGAUCAGUUGUCGCCUUCCGGCCGCCUGCGAUUUACCCUACGAAUUCCGAUUGGACGGACACGUCGAGGUAAUCGCUUUUUUUUAAAAAUGCAAAUCACCUGCUCCAUCUCAUUUCUAAUUUCGACAUAGACUUGUCUGUGUUUUUGACAGAAUAUUGGGGCUGUAAAAUCUGAACAGAUUGAGGGAUUUUUAGCGAAAAACUUUGCAGUUUCAAAAAAUAUGUUUUACAUUGUUCGAUUGUUACAUUAGAGUUAAAAUGGUAAAAGUAUAGAAAAUGCCUAUUUUUUGUACUUUUAGCUGUCGGACCACCGGGACGAGUCUCUGCGUCUCUACCGCCCGGACUUUACCUCGCCGAUUGUGGCGCACGUGCACCAUCUCCAACUCAUUUGGGAGCUCAUUCUGCUCGGCGAGCCCCUUUUGAUCAUCGCGCCCACGCCCGCGAUCACUUCAUCUCUCGUCCAGUCCGUCGUCGGAUUAUUGUCGCCUUUGCGGAUCGUCAGCGAUUUUCGACCCUACUUCACCAUUCACGACUCGGAGUUUCGCGAAUACUCGUCGAAAUCGAGAACACCGUAGGCUUUUGAAAAAUUGUUCAAAGCAGGCGUCUGGGAAGAAAAUUGAUGAAUAAUUUGACACUAGUAGUGUGUCACACUGCACACCUUCCGAAUCAACACCACAAACACAGAUUCUUCUCGAUUUUUUCAGCAGCAAAUUACCAUUUAUCGAUUUUUUCAAUGUUCUCAAAUAAAUCAAGUUUUCUCCAGAUUCUCACGCUCAAACGGAAAGAACUCUUAGAAUAAGUAAUAUGGAGAAAACAUGAUUUGUUUGGGAACAUUGAAAAAAUCGGUGAACGGCAAUUUGCUCAAAAAAAAGCGAGAAAAAUCGUGUGAUUGUGGGGUUGAUAUAGAAGUGUCAAAGAAUUCGUCCAUUUGCCUCCUCUAAUUGCAAAAAUCGAUAACAACUGCAAACAAUUUUUUUCUUGCAGACCCCGCGUUAUUUUGGGCGUCACGAAUCCGUUCUUCAUAAAAGCGCUCGAUCACUGGCCGCACAUACUGAAAGUGGCCGAAAAUGGAACGGAAAUCGGAGGAGACGACUACAAAAAACCAAAGUAAGUUGAUCGGCGUUUAGCCCCGGAAAUUGCUGAUUUUCCAGAAAAAAUUGGUCGACAUCGCGAACGUUGGACACGCCCGCCGGCCUCUACACCCACUACAAACCGUUCCUUUCGAAGGAUAAAUCGUUGGCGAAGAAAUUGCUGAAAUCCGGAAAUUCGCUGGAGGUUUGUGCCGGCCGAUUUUUCACUGACUGUUUAUCGAUUUUUUGCAGGUCCAACACAACAUUCUUCAACGACAUUUUCUGGAAUUGACUCAAAGUUUUAUGAUUCCGAUGGAGCGAUAUUUGAGCUCGCUAAUGCCACUCAAAAAGGAAAUGUCACCCUUUAAAGUGAGGCCUUUACACAUUUGCUUCCAUUUUUUACAGUUUCAAAAAAAUGCAAAAUGGGUUGGCCUAGAUGCGCGUUAUUUCGAUCUAUUCUACCUGCGUAUUUUGUCUGAAAACGGCCAAGAGUGCGCAAAACGAGAAGUGCGGUUUUUCAGCGGCGAAGAAAUGAUGAUUUUUCAUCGCUUUUGACCAUGAAAACCAGGAACAAAGUGUUGACGCCAGCCAUUUUCCUCAAUAUGCGCAUAAUUGUUUGCAGGGAAUUCCGAGUACCCGCCCGUUUUCGAUGGACGACUUCCUCUCCUCGCUGGACAGCAACGGCGGACCGUCUUUGACGUGCGGAACGAAAGGAGACUGGCAAGGUGACACUUUUUCAAAUUUUGUAACUUUCGAACAUCUUCGAAGCAAGACGAUUGACAAAUUUGACUCCGGAACUCAAAAUGUUUGUUUUGAAAACGUUAGGUUUGCAGGUCUCUACCGUCGCUUCAUUUUGUGCUCCAACUUUGGCGGUUGGCUCUCGAUGCGAUCGAGAGACGUGAAUGCACAGCUCAAAACGCAUUAUGUCGAUGCCCUGUGCUCUGCCGAUUUUUGUACGUUUUUUAUUACAAAACACGGCCUCCUGCAACAGUCAGUGUCGGCGUCGCCGGAUUUCAAGCUCUUUUCUACUACGUGGCCUAAGUUUUUUCAAAUGCAAAACCUCGUCCUCGCAAAACGCUCGCGCUUGCACUCACUGGUCCACAAAAUGUUCCGUUGCUGCCGAAAAUUUGUUAUAACAAAGUUUCCAGUUUCAAAGAAAGAAUAAAUUCAAACCUUUUGCGAAAGACAACUAACUUUUAGGAGAACCUUGUUCGUCGAGUUUUUAAAUUUAAAAAUGUAUUUUAGACGUUUUAGUUUUAGGAAUAAAAGUGUAGAAUUCGGUUUGCAGGCAAUCAAACGCUCUCCACAAAACACAACGUCGAAAUUGUGGAUCUGGUGCUUCGGAUACGAGAGCGAAUUAUGGAAAUCAGCGCGGAAACGGACACCAAACAGAAAUUGGUUAGAAACAUUUUUCGGUCUGAAACGUUGACAAGCUUCUAUUUUUCAGGUGCGUCAAGUGGUGAAGAUCCUGUCGAACGUGGAGGACGACCUGAAACAGUUGCUAAUGUCAAAUUGUUCGCUUCGCGAAAUUCUGGCCUAAAAACGUUUGUAUUCAUUUUGCCGACCCUCAUUUCCCCCCGUUCACAUUUCUCUUCAAAAAGCAUCAAAAAUCAGACAAAUCGAUUAGAAGUUGUUGCAAUUACGUGUACUUUUGUUUCAUCAUUUCCGGCAUAAUAGCGUCUAAUUUCAGACAACAAUUGGCCAGAAUCCAUAUCCGCUCUUUUUUGUAGAAUACCGACUUUGUAUAAAUGUAAAUGUAUUCUUGUUCGCUUCGAAUAUUGGUCCGUUUUCAUAUACCCUGUAACGGAAGAUAUAGGAGUUUUUGAUUCGAAUGCUCUUUAUUGACGGCAUGAAAGGGAAUUUAUUGUAAGUUGCGUUGCUGAACUAAACAAAAUCAACUAGCGCCUCUUCAAAAAAAUCAAUAAAUCCAUUCUUGCAAACGGGCCCGAUGAUAACUCGAUUCAAAAUGAAAGUUGUGAUUUCAGAGUCUUCCGUCGGAAAACGUGGCUCCGACAAAUGCUUGUUUCCAGUCAAAACUGUCUCCAAUUUUCCCUUUUCGAGUAAUGCCGAUCUCGAUCGAAAAAGUAAGAACAAAGAAAGGGUGUAACCGAUCGAUACGAUGCGAUUCUGAAUCAGAAACCAGUUCCAUUUCGCCCAUUUUCUCAUUGUUUGGUCGUCUCGAACACACCUUCACAUUUUGUUAUUCUAAACAACAUUUUCCGGCUGAAAUUGACAAAAACAUCAUGUUUUCCGACAGUAUUGGUUCAAGUACAAAACUUUUGAUCUUCUUGUGGGUGUGUGUGUCUUUUGUGGGCGAGAUACUAUUUGUUCACUUACUUGUUCGGUUCCCACGAUAUUUACCUGCCGAAAUUCCACUGAAAAUCAUUGAAAAACCCACAUUUUGAGCGAUUUUUCUUCAGUCCAAAUGAAAUUCCUGCUCGUUCCGUUGGCUCUUUUCGUUUCUUCGGCGCUCUCGGCCGAAAAUUCCGACUGCUUUCUGGGCAGAGACGUCGGAAAUUCGGAUUGUGGACAAUCGGGCGCUCAAUCGUUUUAUUUCCACAAAAAUACGAGAACCUGUCAGCCCUUCUUCUAUCAGGUAAGUGCAAAAAAUAGCGUUCAAAAGUCCACUUUUUCCAGGGCUGCGACGGAAACGGAAAUCGAUUUUCGUCGAAAAACGCGUGUGAAUCCGCAUGUAAAAAUGCGACAGAUUCCGGCGAUUUGGCCUAUUGUAAGUUUACUUUUUCCCAUGUUGCUCCCAAACAUUUUAAACACAUUUCAGCCGCGUGCUCGUCUGGAGCCUAUCCGGCAGGAGCCACUUCCGGCCAGACGGUCAGUUGCUCCAACUGUCCACACGGAUACGAAUGCCAGUCGGGACAGUGCUGUCCCACCAGAGGUACUGCAAGUGCGCAAUGUAUUCAUUGACACCCACAACUCGAAGGACAAUUUCCAAUUUUUCAUUGCUGAGAUACAAGGUGUUGAUCAAAACGAGCUGUUGACAAGUUCUCGAGAUACAACACGUUUUUGCAGUACUGUUUUCAACAUCUUGUAUCUCACGAGUGAAAAAUUGCAGAGAAAAACAAAAAUUACCCGUUCGAGUUAAUGAGUCAAUGAAUAUAUUGCGCUCAAAGUUCUCGAAUGAGCCUCUAGAAAAUGCCAGAAAGAUCCCAAACAUUUUCGGGACACAAAUAUUUACUCGAUUAUUUCAUCGCCCUUGCACGAUUAUCGAAAAUCGUUUAGUAGUCUUCCCGUGUUAAAGUGUAACAUUUUUAGUGAACGGAUAGGGAUCAGUGAUCAAGUUUUUGCAAACAUUUAACGAAAGUGUUUGUGUUUUGUGUUCUGGAAUAAGAAAUUUCAGAGUUCACUUGUGGUCUUCAGUACGACGCCGGAAAGUUCGGUUCGAACGGAAAACAUACUCCGAGGUGAACUUAUUCAAACAUUUUCAAACAAUCCACGUUUUUUUUCAGAUACUUCUACAGCAAAAACUACAAAAACUGCAUGCUGUUCACUUUUUACGGUCGCGACGGAAACGCCAAUAAUUUCGGCACUUAUAAUGAGUGCAAAAAUUUCUGCAUGUGA